CUUCCACCGGGCCCGGGAAAAGCUGCGCGCCAUGGGGACCUGGCGGCGUUUGUUGCUCUGUGGCCGGGCGUCACUCCGGGGUGGUGGCGGGGCCUCCGUCCCGCCCCUGGGCUGCCGAGCUGUGGGUUGUGGGCUCCAGUUAUUAGGCGCCGAGAGUGAGGCCUUGAAACAAAGAAGAACACAAAUCAUGUCCCGAGGACUUCCGAAGCAGAAGCCCAUAGCAGGUGUUAGAGAAGUUAUUGUUGUGGCGUCUGGAAAGGGUGGCGUUGGAAAGUCCACCACCGCAGUGAACCUUGCUCUUGCGCUGGCAGCGAAUGAUUCGUCUAAAGCGGUUGGCUUGCUAGAUGUGGAUGUGUAUGGUCCUUCCAUUCCAAAGAUGAUGAACUUGAAAGGAAAUCCAGAAUUAUCACCAGACAACCUAAUGAGGCCUCUUUUGAAUUAUGGCAUUGCUUGCAUGUCUAUGGGCUUUUUGGUUGAAGAGACUGCGCCAGUUGUUUGGAGAGGCCUUAUGGUAAUGUCAGCCAUUGAGAAACUACUGAGACAGGUGGAUUGGGGUCAGCUGGACUAUUUGGUUGUUGACAUGCCGCCAGGAACAGGAGACGUGCAGUUAUCGGUUUCACAGAAUAUUCCCAUUUCAGGUGCUGUGAUCGUCUCUACGCCUCAGGACAUUGCACUCAUGGAUGCACACAAGGGAGCGGAGAUGUUUCGAAAGGUCCACGUGCCUGUUCUUGGCCUUGUCCAAAAUAUGAGUGUCUUCCAGUGUCCAAACUGUCAACACAAAACUCAUAUUUUUGGUGCUGAUGGUGCAAGAAAACUAGCACAGACCCUUGAUCUUGAUGUUCUAGGGGAUGUUCCCUUACACCUCAGGAUAAGGGAAACUUCGGAUGCAGGUCAGCCAGUUGUGUUUUCUCACCCUGAAAGUGAAGAGGCCAAAGCUUACCUGCACAUUGCUUCUGAAGUGGUAAGAAGACUGCAGCCACCUCCAGAAUGAGUCCCGAGGCCCUGGAAUUGCCCUGGUAUUUGAUAACCAUGAACUGUGGAAAAUGAGCGUUGCUGUAGUGUGGUGCCCACAAAAAUAAUGACGAUUAUGAUUUUUUUUCAUUUCUGAAGAAAUAAUGUCUCAUUUUCAGAUUUGACUUGAUAGCCUGUGACUCACAAAUAAAAUAUUUCUGUGUC